AUGAAUAUACUUUACAAUUUAGGUCGAUGGAUACUUCGUAUAAGAAAAAAAUCUUCAUUAUCUCGUUCAUCAUCACAAUCAAGUUUUCAUUCAUGUACUGAAGAAAAUAACGAACAAUACGAAGACACUAAUGAUCAAGAUGAUGAUUAUGAAGAAUAUACAUGGAAAUCACCAAAUGCAGUUGUUCAUAACAUUUUAUUUGGUCAUCUGUGGUGUGAAUUUCAAGGACAAAUUGAUUUACAACAUACACAAUCCAAUCGACGAGCUGUCCUCACUGUUAAAUCUCAUUCAUGGUUUGCAUCACAAGCAACAAAAGCUGCUGAAAUGUUCAAAUUUAGUGGAUUUAUCUAUGAUGGAGAUGAUAAACUCGGUGCAUUUCAUGGUAAUUACGGUCAUUGUUACUAUGCUAUUGAUAAUUUAAACGAUGCCGAAUUAAAAACUGCAUCUUGUUGUUCAGCUGGCGGUCAUAAUUCUAUUCAAUUUAGUUUCAAUACAUUAUUAGCAUCACCAUGUAAUGUUAUUCUAACUCCAUCAUCUCGUCUUAUUUGGCAUCGUUGUUUAUCAUCAAUGACUGAUGGAGAACUAGUAUCAAGGCCUCAGUAUUAUUAUUUUACAUCAUUUACAAUGUGUCUUAAUGAAGAAAUAUUUUCAACAAAGUUACCAUCAACUGAUUGUCGAUAUCGUCAAGAUAUGCGAUUUCUUGAAAAAGGUAUUUUGGAAACUGCAGCAGCUGAAAAACAUCGUCUUGAAGAAAAACAAAGAGCAGAAGCAAGAAAUCGUGAAUGUGAAUAUCAACCAUUAUGGUUUAAGAAAAAUGAUACGAAAGAAUAUAUUUAUACGGGAGAAUAUGAAAAAAGAAAUUUUGAUGUUUGUCCAAAUCUUUUUUCUCAAACAUCAUGUCUCUAA